CACCAUCCAACGUGAUGGGACCAGGCGAACCUGUUCCAGCCUGUGUCCGUCUUGCACCUGAUGUCCACCUAGGUGGGAGGUGUGACCCCAGGGAAUUUCAAACCCAGAACCAGUUGCAGUUUAAUAGGAAUGUUCCCACUCAUUCAAGCAGCUUGGCAAUCAGGUAUUCUUGUCCACAUGCAAUUAGAAUUGAAAAGCUGAAGCACUCCUACAACGAAUCCCACCAUUGUAAAGAUGUCAGUUCUAGAGACGGGCCUGACCUGAGCAGCUCUGUUUCAUUUUCCGUCAUAUCAGAAGAGAAACUCAGCUAUGCUGUCCACCUGGCCAAACGGGAUGUGAAACGAAGACAGUUUGAAGAACAUGUGAAAGGACAUCAUCUCAGAAGUCAGCCCCAGACCCCUCAGAAAUGUGGACAUAUGAAGUCUGGGAUACCUGAACACAGGCUAGAAAGGAAGGAAACCAAAAGGCAGGAAGGCUUUCCACACAGCCACCAGCCAUCCAGAGUCGAAAUUUCCAGCUCAGGUGCCAAGGUAUACCUGUACACAUCUCAUCCAGGACAAUCAGACCUUACCGUGCCAAAUUCGCCACCCACCCGGGAUCCGGGACUUCAGCCACACCCCAAGACAGGUGAACACAAAAGCCUGUUAGAAGUUCAGCGGCUCCAGAAAGAACUGAGCAGUUGUAUCCACAAAAUUGAAGAAGUAACUAAAAAAGAUAAAAUAGAAGAGGCCUUGGAUCCAGAUGAAGAGCGGCGAGUCCGAACCAGGAGACAGGAGCAAGCCGUGCGUUCUGCACGGAUGCUCUACGUCCUCCAGCAGCAGGUAAAAGAAAUCCAGGAAGAAUUGGAUAAAUUGAGUCCACAUAAAAUUAAGCACACUAAGAAGUCAUGGGCAAUGUCUAGGCUGGCAGCUGCCCACCGUGGAGCUAUUCGAGCCUUACAGAUGUUUGUCACUCAGUUUACCGACCGAGGGGAAUACCCGGUUCCCGCGCGGGGUCGGGAGCUAGGAAGUCUCAUCCGCCAGCUUUCACUGUGUUCUGCCAAGCUGGAUUCUGACCCUUCUGUCCCUGACGUUGUUAUAGAUAUCCUGCAACAAAUUGAGGACUUGGAAUCCCUUCUGGAAAAGAAACUGUCACCAAAAAAGGUGAAGAGAUGUGUCUCUGAAGUUCGGAACAAAUUUCCAGUUGGUAGCCCAAAGGCCUUAGAGAAGUGGCCAAGUACAUCGUCAAAGAGCGAGAGGAGCCUCCCUGGAGCAAAGGAGAUGUUUCCACAGGAAAUGAGGCGACCUGCAGUAGCAAAGAAGCUUCUUGCUGAUAAGCAUCGACCUGUUACGGAGCUUCCCGGGACCAAGAGGUUAGAGGAUGAACUUGAUGUGUUGCCUGUAGAUAUCCUUCAGGAAGAAGCUCCACCUAUUUUAGACCAAAGUGCAAGCUUCAAAGAUGAGAUGUCAGCCCUGGUAAAGGCAAGAGUGGUGAAAAAGAAACCUGCAACCGUGAACGCGCCUUUUAGGAAGAGAGAUGCCCUGGCACCUGUGAGACCGCAACAAGGACUCCAUAGAGCUGAAAGAUGUAGACCAACUCAACCUCACAUCAAAAGCAGGUUGCACCAGACAACAGUCUCAUCCAGAUUAAAAAUGAACCAACAGCCUGUGAAAGACCAGAGAGCUCCUUGGAUACCUCCAAACCCCACAUCCCCGCCAGCAUCCCCCAAAUGUGCUGCGUGGACAAAGGUAAAACAUAGCUCCAAAGAGGCCACAAAAGAGCAGUCUCUUCAGCAAGAAGAUACUCAAGAGGAAAGUCACUGGCAAGGUGCCAUUGAGCAUGAAGCAGCCAGGCUCGCUUGGCUUGAUGCUGAAACUUCCAAAAGAUUAAAGGAACUAGAAGAAUUAAAAACCAAAGAAAUGGACAAAAUACAAAAAUGGAGGCUUGAUUGGCUUGAUGCUGAAACUUCCAGAAGAACAAAGGAACUGAAUGAACUCAAAACUGAAGAAAUAGAUAGACUCGAAAAGUUGAGUGUCUCUGCUACCCAGCUAGCGGACAAGGUGGAGCAGGCAGUGCUGGAGCGUCUGAAGCCUCUCCUGGCCAAGGCCCAGAGAGUCAAUUCCUCUCUGCAUGCAAAUAGUCGUUUGAAGGAUCGUCCAUCAGUCAACACAGCGGCAUCCCAGCCUACGGAGGAGACUGCAGCUGUUGAUUCCGAAUCCAGCAACAUUCGCCUGCCGGAUGAUUUUUUGGACGAUACGACUCACAAGCUUUGGGCUGUGACUCACCCUGAGAUCUUGGAGGACAGCAAGGACGCUCCAACACUGGAGACCAUGAUGCUCCGAAUGGAAGAAAUGGAAAAAUACCAGGAGAUAGUUCGCCAGAGAUACAAUAAAUUUGUAUAUGCUGAUCCUCAAUUUUGGAUGCAGGAAGAAAAAAAAGACCAAAAAGUCCCAGCAGUCCGUGAAGGGCCGCUGCCUCCUCAUCCAAUCAGGAUCACAAAGACAGUGGCUCACAAAGACCCAGAUGUGAACAUUGUGUUAGAGAGGCCUUGGAAUGGCAAUUCCCUGGAUGAAAGUGUGGAAACAGAAGAGAGAUUGAAGAAAAGAGAGGCUCCCCUUCUCUCCCUUCCGGAAGCUGCUCUGCAGAAAGAGGGCAGAGCCCUCCUGUCCAUCCCCCCGGCUAUGCUGCACAGCAUUGGUGACUACUGCAGUCGUUUUGAGCAGUACCUCCGGAUGGUUUCUCAUGAGGCCGUCGGCUCCUUCAACCCAUGGCUGAUAGCCGAAAGGGCCCAAAUUCAGAUGCCUACGGGUGUCACGGAAACGCUGGAUGAGUGUCGCGGAAACGCUGGAUGGGUGUCGCGGAAGCGCUGGAUGGGUGUCACUGUUGAAGAAAUUUUUGAUGGCCCUUCUUUAAUGGAAAAGAACCCCUGGGAGAGGCAGAGGACACAGGAGUUGGAGCUGGAAGUAUAAACUGAAGCCGCCAGUCAUUUCUUCUCUUUAAACCCUGGUUUUCUCAUCCCAGAAAAGAGUUUACUAACACCUGCCCUGAGCACUUACCUUCCAGGGCUGUGGGGAAGUUGAACAGGGAUAUACAUGAAAGCACCUGAAAGACCUACGUUGUUACUACCGUUUUCAGUGUCAAUACACAUCAUCGAAUUACUUAGUGAGCUCAGGAUCAAGGGAAGUGCUUUUGAAAUAUUUGCAUUCCUGUUACCUAUGCAUAUUUUAAUCUGCUGAGAAAUAAAGUAGCUCAUUAAAAUUGAUUUUUAUCAAAGUAGUAGAUGCAGAUGAUUUUUAAAAGGUCAAAUAGUUGAAAACAUGGGUUUCUGUCCUCCUGUUUCUUUCCAAAAUGUCUGAUCCUGUUCCGCAGGGGCAACCACUGUUAAUUUUCUUAGCUACUUCUUCAUGAUUUACCUUUGUAUUUCUACACUCGUAUCUUAAUUUAAAUUUUAGACAUUGGACUUUGAGUUCUUUAUUAUUAUAGCACAGGAUUUAACUUCUUUAUGCCUGGGCGUAUACUUGCACACACAAUGCCAUUCACCUCCUUUUCCCCCCUUCCAUCUUCCAAAUAUGGUCAUAUUCCAGUUUUUAGAGAAAGCAGUAUUCAGAGUUUAUUACGAAUACACAGAUAUUUUCCACUGAGCUAAGUUUUAGAAAUUUUCCAAGGGUUAAUAAUUGUCUCUCUUUUAUUUGCUUAUUCUUUUAUGUACUUAUUAACUUUUCCCCCGUACUCUUCAACAGCCUCAGUAUAAUCUCUUCAUGAUCAAAACAGUUCAUCUCUGUUUCCUUCCCACUGCCAUCUCUUUCCUGAGACCCUCCUUCCUCCCCACAGCGUGGCCCUCAGCUCUCUAGAUCUGCUGCAGGCUCGCAUCCUGGGACUUCCCGAGCUUCGAUUGCUUCCCUCCUGGACUGGAGUCCUUAUUUCCUAACGUACUUGUCUUCCUCUUUCUUGCUUUAUGCUCUUGUUUUGACAGCACAUAUUCUGCUUUGUGUAUUGGGGAAACUUUCUUAAGACUUAAUGUUUGGAAGUGUCUUUAUUCUACCUUUGUAUUUGAUUGAUAAUUUGCCCAAGUUUAAAAUUACCGGUUUAUUUUUUCUGAAGAAUAUUCCUUCUCGUGUGAGGGUAAAGGAGGGAUUGUCACUAGGCUGCGAGGAGUGGGGUGGAGACUUAUCAGUCUAACUGCUCAUUCUGCAGAUUUUCAAUCAUUUUCCUCAUUUUGUACCCCACACCUCACUCACCCUUCGUGAUUCCCAGGAGCCCCGUUUCCUGAGCCUUGCUCAUGUUUUGGGGGACAAAUGAGCUUGCUUUCCCUUGGCAUCAGCUUCUCCGGGCUCUUAGGUUUCUGCUCCCUCUGUACGUCCUCUGUGCUGCUGAAUCAGUUACGAUUCUGGGUCUCUGCUCAGUACUUCGGACAUAACACGUCUACUUUUGACUUUUUUUUCCCACCCUAUAGGUUUGUACAUUUGUUUAUUUCACUUAUUUCAGUGGGGGCUUGGGCAGGAGCAGAGAUAAUCACUUGUGUUCAAUCCCUCACCUUUAACCAGAAGCUCUGGGGCUUCCCUGUAACAUACAGCACCCUUCAAAGCACGAGAUGGCCGAGACGCACGUUUAUCUUCACGUGUGCUUGGAGGGACUCUCUGGGGGGAGAGAGCAGAUGAACCGGACCUGCUCCUGUGCACUAACGCUGUCCUGUAGCAUGCUCGCCUCCUUUUCCCAUGACCUGUUUGGGUUGGUGAGGUGAGUUAGCUUAUUGGGAAAUCCAGAAGCAAGCCAAGGAAGAUAGACUUUUCCUGAUAUGUGUUUACCACUUGAUUCAAUGAUACAUUUUGUUCUUAGUUGGUUCGUAGACAUAGGGAAAACCUCCCUCAGCCUAUGAAGAGUAUUAGAUUAAAAUCUAGAAGGUAAAGCUAUUAAAAUAUGCCUGGGUUUGUCCCUAAGUGACAGUGCAUCUCAAUAUUCUGGCUGUGUUUUUAACUUCUCCUAUUUUUGCUUCUUACUUGAAUGUUGCAAAGAUGAGAAUUGUAUCCCUCAGGUCUUGAAAAAGUAUCCAAAUGACAGUUGACUGCAUCUAAAUAGUCUUUUACGUGAAGGAGAAGCUAGCUAAGUCUUUUCUUUUUUUAAAUGUCUUAAUUCUUCCUUACACCUGAAGGAAAAGAAAGCACCCUUCCAGUAAAUGGUGGGAGGAGAUGCUAUAAACCGGAUGCAAGUAAAAGAAUGAUUGUGAAAGGAAAGGCUUAAGGUGAAAGUGCUUUUGAUAAAAGCAAGCUCUUAAUGAUUUCCUGGUUUCAAAAACAAAGAGACAUUUGGUUGGAAAUGACAGUUUGGACAUGUUUAUUUAUCUCCACUCUCUUCUCCCUGUCCCAGUCCCACUAUACGUCACUAAAAGAAUAAAUGAAAAGCAUGAAAUCAUAAAUGACAGUAAACAAGACACGUUAAUACAAUUUUGGAAGCCAUAAAGCAGUUAGACAAAUGACAUAUGACUUAGCAGACCAGAGAAAGCCAAGUGCCUAAUGGGACUGAAGCCAAGAGUCAGGUUUAUCUGUGCAGAAGAACUCCUGAUAAGACUCAGGACUUAGAAGCACCAGAUGUUUGUGAAGGCAUGGGUGAGCCUGAAAAUAGGAGGCUUGGUGGAAAUUCUUAUUCUUUAGUAUGAGCAGACAGCUAAAUGACCAGACAUUUGAUGAAAACCAUGAAAGAUCAGACAGGCUAUUAUAACAGAUAAAAAGAACUCUGAGGAAGCAGAGACAAUGCAGGCAGUCGAGUAAAACAUAAAAAUAAAGAAUAAAUUUUUAAAUUAAUUUCUUAGAGAAUUAAGUGAAGCUAUUACACCAUGAAAUUAGAAAAAGAUGCUAUUUUAAAAACUUUGAAAGAACAAAAAAAUGUUCUUAGAAAUUAAAAAUGUGACAGCGGAAAUGAAUUCACUAGAAGGAUUCAAGAAAAAAGUCAAAUCUCUCAGAGUAGAACAAAACAAAGAGGUAAUAAAGGAGAAAAUAUUUAUAAUUAGAGGAUCGUUGUAGAAGAUUCAACAUCUGAAUAAUAGGAGUUCCAGAAUGUGAGACUAGAGAAAUGGGGGGAUGAGAAAUUGCCACAGAAAUACUGUAGGAAGAUUUCUCAGAAGGCUGUUAGUCUCUAGAUAAAAAGAGCCCAAGAGUGGCCACUGUGUGUGAGUGAGUGGACAGUACAGGGCACACCAUAAAGAUGAAUUUGAGCAUCUCAAUGAUGAGAAGAUGACAAAGGCUCUGUUGAAAAAUCAAAGACAGAAAAAUCUUAAAAUUAACUGAAGGAGGAGAAAAGGAGGAACAGAGGCCGUGGAAGCUGGAGGUCCUGGCAUAAAGAAAUGUCGUGCUGAAAGAAAAGAAUUACCAAUCUGGACUGCUAAACUUAGUGAAAGUAUAUAUUAAGAAGGAAGGUGAGACAUUCCAAACAAGCAAAGAAGAGGAAAUAUAUUGCCAGUGAAUCUUCACUACAGGAAAUAGUAAAAAGGUAUUCUUCAGGCAGAAAGAAAAUGGUCACGGAUGGAAAGUCAGAAAUAUAGGGAGGCAUGAAGGAAAAAAAAAAAAGCAAA